AUGAACCGUUUCAUCUCACGUUCGACGGACAAGUGCCUGCCUUUCUACGACACGUUGAAAGGGAACAAAAAGUUCGAAUGGUCGGAAGAGUGCGAAAAGGCUUUCCAACAGCUGAAGCGUUACAUGGCCACUCCUCCUGUUCUUGCGAAACCAGUAGAGGGAGAACCUCUAUUCUUAUACAUUGCGGUCUCCGCAACAGCAGUAAGUGGUGUUUUGAUCAGAGAAGAACGCGGUGAACAAAAACCAAUCUUUUACAUAAGUAAAGCCUUGCUGGACGCUGAGACGCGGUACCCCUUGAUGGAAAAACUAGCAUUCGCUGUUGUAACAUUGGCGAGAAAGCUCAGGCCAUAUUUCCAAUCUCAUACCAUAGUGAUUCUCACCACCUUUCCCCUGCGCACGGAUAUGCACAGUCCGAGUCAGUCAGGACGGCUCGCGAAAUGGGCAAUCGAACUGAGCGAGUACGAUGUCGAGUACCGCCCAAGAACCUGUGCAAAAUCUCGGGUGCUGGUGGAUUUCUUAGUAGAAUUUCCCACGGGGGAUAUGACAAACACGGAACCAGAUUCAACUUGGGUUCUUCACGUUGAUGGAUCAUCGUCCAAACAAGGAUCCGGAAUUGGGAUUUGCCUCACGUCGCCCACCGGGGAAAUCUUGGAGCAGUCUUUUCGGUUAGAAUUCCAUGCAUCAAACAACGAGGCUGAAUAUGAAGCACUCAUUGCAGGAUUACGACUAGCUCAUGGGCUGAAGAUUUGCAACAUCCACGCUUACUGCGAUUCUCAGUUAGUCGCAAAUCAAUACAGCGGAGAAUAUGAGGCAAGGGACGAAAGAAUGGACGCAUAUCUAAAACUCGUCCAGGAUCUGGCCCAAGACUUCAACCACUUCGCCCUCACAAGAAUUCCUCGCUCGGAAAACAUCCAGGCAAAUGCCUUAGCCGCGCUCGCGUCAAGCUCGGAUCCAGGACUAAAACGGGUAAUCCCCGUGGAAUUCAUUGAACAUCCGAGCAUCGGACUGCCGGUGAUCGCCAAUCUGAUUUGGGGACAAAUCGAAGAUGCGGAGGAAAUCGAAGAUCCACCAGAAGGAAAGAUGGAUCAGCCGGAAUACGGUUGCGAUAGCCCAUGGCUAGAGCCGAUCCGAGCCUACAUAGCCGACGGAACGCUGCCCGCCGAGAAAUGGGCGGCACCCAAAAUUUAA